AUGGACCCCACGGUAUCUGUCUCACAAUGGAAGGGUGAGAAGCUGAAAAACAGCUCUCAUUGGCCAGCUUGGUACUCUGCGAUGAAGCAGUUUGCCAAGACUAGGAAAGUAUGGGAUUAUUGCAAUCCUGAGAAACCAGCCCCGGAAGUGCUGGAGGAGCCGCAGGCCCCCGCACGACCGCGGUUAUAUAUCCCACGAGGGGCAACUACAGAGGUAGCCAAGACCCUAAGGGAAGAGUUUAAGGAUCGUCAGAUGGAGUAUAGCUACGACCAUGACGAUUACAAAGAGGAGCUUAAAAGGUAUGAGAAGGUGGAAAACGGCCUACAAUCAGUUGAGUUCGUGAUCACUGCGUCAACAGAUACUAAGCUACACCGUCUUAUAGAUGAUCUUGAGACUCCGUACAAGAAGAUUAGCUUUCUUAAGAAGCGCUUCUCACACACAAAGUCUCACCAGAAUGAAGUCCUGCUACGCUGGGCAGAAGGGUGCGUACGACCACCAAAGAAGGGUCAAAACGUACUAUCCUGGCUAGAAGAGUAG